CACACACACUCUUGUCAACCAUUUGAGAUUGCAGCAGAUUCUGAGAAGAUGAAGUUCACAGUGUCAAAUCUAUCAAGCUCUGUGUUCUUCCUCCUCAUCUUCUUCUAUGCUUUUGUGUCUCCCAUCCAUGGAAGCAACAGACAUGCUGCUCUCUUCAUUUUUGGUGAUUCUUUCUUAGAUGCUGGCAACAACAAUUACAUCGACACUACAGCUCUUGACCAAGCAAAUUUCUGGCCCUAUGGGGAAACAUACUUCAACUUCCCAACAGGGAGAUUCUCUGAUGGAAGGUUGAUAUCAGAUUUCAUAGCUGAAUAUGCAAAGCUGCCAUUGGUUCCACCAUAUUUACAACCUGGCAAUAACCAAUACUAUGGAGGAGUGAAUUUUGCAUCUGGUGGAGCUGGUGCUCUUGUUGAAACUUUUGAAGGGUCGGUAAUACCUUUGAAAAUACAAGCAAGAAACUACAAGAAAGUUGCAGCUUUUCUGAGGCACAACUUAGGGAAAUCCGAAGCUAAGUUAUUGUUAUCAAACGCUGUCUACAUGUUUAGCAUCGGAAGCAAUGAUUAUCUCAGCCCGUUCUUGACAGAUUCUGAUGUUCUUAAAUCAUACUCUCAUUCAGAAUAUGUUGCUAUGGUUGUUCGUAAUAUGACUUCCAUUAUCAAGGGCAUAUACAAGAGAGGGGCUAGAAAAUUUGUGUUGAUGAACUUGCCACCCUUGGGUUGUCUUCCAGGAACCAGAAUAAUUGAUGUGGAAGAAAAUGGAAAAUGCUUGCAAGAACUUUCAAACCUUGCAAGUUUACACAAUAGAGUUCUACAUCUGCUUCUCUUGCAACUGCAGAAUAAAUUGAAGGGCUUCAGAUUUGCACUGUAUGAUUUCCACACUGAUGUCACUCAAAUGAUGAACCAUCCCUUCAAAUAUGGUUUGAAGGAUGGAAAAUCAGCAUGUUGUGGAAGUGGAAGAUUGAGAGGAGAGUAUAGCUGUGGAGGGAAGAGAGGGCAGAAGGAAUAUGAAUUGUGUAAGAAACCGAAUACGUAUUUAUUUUGGGACUCUUAUCAUCUCACAGAAAGUGCUUACAAAAGCAUAGCAGAUAGAAUGUGGGAUUUUAGUAACACCUCUUACAAUAUAGGGCCUUACACUAUCAGACAUUUCUUCCAACUUCCAUGAUUUCUUUCAUCUUUCAUUGUUUUUGCUUCAUUGCAUCAAAGAUAAAAUAUUCUUAUUAUCGUAUUA